AAGCCCUCACACACACAGCCUCCUCCUCCUGCCUUCCUUCCUCCCCGCUCGAGCGAGACAAGGCCACACGGAUCUCCGAUUAAUUCACAGCACGCAAACGCUGCGGCCAGACAAAUCCUCCCGACAAGCCGUAUUAGCACACGCAGCCGUUUGUCGUCGGGCAGGCACUUUAGGAUUUCAGCUUUUUUUUUGGGGGGGGGGGGGGUCGAGGGAUUUUCAUCUCGUUUCUCGGAUCGUAUUUUACUUCGCGGCAGACAUGGAGAGCAGCGGUGCUGAGUAUCGCCACGACAUCCCGACUCGGGCUAAAGACGCCAAACAUCUCGACGGGUCCAUGACCAACGAGGAUCGUGAAGACUCCGGCAUCUGCUCGUUGCAAGAUUCGGUCGACCAGGACGACCAGAGCGUGAGGGCUCUGCGACUGGAGGUCCAGCAGCUUCAGCAGUAUCAUCAGCAGCAGCAGCAAUGUCAACAUCAGCAGCAGCCGCAGCAGCAGGCGCACAGCACGGACAAUCUUCUCAGGAUGGAGGAUGAGAAUGGGGAUACGUUGCUGCACCUGGCAAUCAUUCACGAGAAGCCGGCGCUCGCCCAGCAGAUCGUCUCCAGCACGUCAAACACCUCCCUGCUGGAGAAGCAGAACUUCCUGCAGCAGACGCCGCUGCACCUGGCGGCGGCGGUGGGCGACGUGGCGCUCGUGCGUGCGCUGGCGGAGGCCGGCGUGCAGCUGGACGUGCCGGACCUGCGUGGGGACACUCCGCUGCACGUCGCGUGCCGCUGCAGCCAGCGCGCCGGGGACAUCCUGCGGGCGCUCGCUCUCCCGACGCGACCCCAGCAGUUCCAGCGAGCCCUUGGCACGCUCAACUACCGCGGCCUUACGUGCUUGCACUUGUCCGUCCUGCUGGCGAAGAGGGACGUGAUGGACUGCGUGCUCGAGCUGGGGGCAGACAUCAAUGCCCAGGAGCUGAGCAGCGGCCGCUCCGCCCUGCACCUGGCGGUGGAGGCGGGCGACGCGAUGAUGGCAGCCGCGCUGCUGCGGAGGGGCGCCGACCCCAACGUGAGGACACGCGCCGACUGCACCCCGCUGCACGUGGCGGCCGGUCGCGGGGACACCCGCCUCGCCGCCGUGCUGGUGCGGCAUGGCGCCGACGUCGAGCAGGAGAACUGGGAGCACGAGACGCCCGCCGAGCUCGCCCUCAACUGGCCCGAGAUGAAGUCCGUCUUGUGCUACGACCGGAGGUGAGAAGAGCCAACGCCUCACUGAAGUCGUGCGGACGUUUUCAAAACAUGACGAAUCGAGGCACCCUUGGUGCUCGGAGACCUGGGAAAUCUCCGGGGUUUCCCGUCCCGGUUCUACGAGGCGAGGCGGCUACCCGAGGUGGAGCAGGGUGCAUGAAAAACAUUCGGCUAGAGUGACGUGUCAGCCACCGAUAGGAUCCCGAGGCUUCCAUGCGCGACAAGACCUCGUGCUUCUGUCUCAACCAAAGUCUGAAGGAGGGAUUUUCGUGUGUGCGCGCGCACACGCAGUUCUGGUCCUGUGUAAGAAGAGCCGGCGGAAUUCAGCCUCCUGUUUAACUCUUGUGGAGACGGGAGAGGCUCACCACGACGGUGUUGCUGGUACCUUUCGGAGCCCAUAGCACAGCUCACAGUCGCCACCAUCAGAGCUCUGCGAUUCGUUACAUGGAGUAAAUAUGAGUAAAACAUAUUGCUGAUAUGUAUGUAAGUUGUAUUUUUGUUGUAAACCAAAACAUACUGAACAAGUGGGGUAGUCACAAUGCCAUGCAUGCACAGUGAGCCAUUGGCCACUCACCUUUGUCGAUGUUGCAUUAAACUAGGGCUGAACGAUGUGGGGAAAAUGUCGAAUUGUGAUUUUUCUGACAGAUAUUGCGAUUUGAUUUGCGAUUACAUUUGUUUAAGUCAAGCUUCAGUUCAAUAUUCACUGUGUAAUAAAUUUAAAACAUGUGAUGGAGCAUUACCACAUAAUACCAUCAAAAUAUGAACUGCUCUAUACUAAUGCAUGGAUGAGAACUUAAAAGAUAUGAAUUGCUUCCAACGUAUAUUUAUUAAAAUGUUUUAAUUGAAAUAGAACAAUCAAACAUAAAACAAUUGUUAAGUUAUAUAAAUAAUAUUAUAAUAAAACAUCAAACAAUUCCAAUAACAACGUAAUACGACUUUUUAAAUCACAGCCUUUGCGAUUUGCUAAUCGCAUUGUUUCAAAUUGCGAUUUGAUUUGAAAUCGAUUAAUCGUUUAGCCCUUCAUUAAACCCUGGGAAUGUACUCUGAAUAUUCUUCCAAAAAAUGGUGGAAAAGGUAACAAAAAAAUUCGUGGGAUUCUUAAGGGAACCUUAUUCCUCACUACUUAGAAAUAAGAUUACAUCCUUAAAUUGUGUAUUAUAGUUUGUAUAUAUUACGUGUAAAAAGUUGCGUACAGUUUUAAGGCGUGUUGUACAUUGUAAAGUCCAAAACAGAGUUACGCGAGUUAAACUGCAUUGUGCAGUAUUUUUACGGAUUUCACAUUUUUUUUAAAUUCCGUACCAUUUUAUAACUGCGAUGUAAGAUAUUGUAAAUGUACUUUUCCCAUUCAACCUAGAGGGUUUUUUUUUGUCUUAUGUGCAAAUAAAUUUAGGACCUGUUAAUUUA